GUGCUGGGCGGAACCGGAAGUUAGUUCCCAGGAAACGUAGAACGGUGGACAGGAAGUAGUGCGGCGGCCAUAUUGGUGCACCCAGAGGAGAGAAGAGGAUCGGGGGAGGGGACAGGAUGGCGGUGACGUUGCACACAGAUUUGGGGGAUAUGAAGAUUGAAGUGUUCUGUGAGAGGGCGCCCAAGGCCUGCGAGAACUUCUUGGCGUUGUGCGCCAGCAACUACUACAACGGCUGCCUCUUCCACCGCAACAUCAAAGGCUUCAUGGUGCAGACGGGGGACCCCACCGGGACGGGGAAGGGGGGGCUGAGCAUCUGGGGACGGAAAUUCGAAGAUGAAUAUAGUGAAUAUCUCAAGCACAGCGUGCGCGGCGUGGUCUCCGUGGCCAAUAACGGCCCCAGCACCAACGGAUCCCAGUUCUUCAUCACCUACGCCAAGCAACCCCACCUGGACAUGAAGUACACCGUGUUCGGAAAAGUGAUCGAUGGUCUGGACACUCUGGAUGAGUUGGAGAAGCUUCCGGUCCAUGAGAAGUCGUUUCGCCCGCUGACAGAAGUGCGGAUAAAAGAUGUCUCCAUUCACGCCAACCCGUUUGCCCUCUGACCUCUGUCGGGUCGGAGGUGAACUUUGUCCGUCUGUGCUCAUCUGUAUCAGAUGUUACAUUGUGGCGAGGGAACCAGCAGGAUGUGUGCUGCACUACUGCUGCUGUUUGUGAUCUCUUUUAAUUUUUUUUUUUCUACAUGAAAAUUGUUUUGUCAAAAAUAAAACUUUUUUU